AUGGGGUCACUCCAACCAACCCGCCGCAGCCGCCGCCACCACAGCCACUGCAGAGGCGUGCCCCGCAGGUCCCGCCACCGCGCUGCCUUGGCCUUGAUGGCUACACCUGAGCGUCCAGUCCUGACUGUCGCACCACCUGCACCAAGGCCUCCAGCCGUGAUGACCGCAUCGCCCGCACCUGAGCCUGCAGCCGUGAUGACCGCGUCGCCCGCACCUGGGCCUGCAACCGCGAUGAUGACCUCGCUCUGGGAACUACAACAGGGCUACUUCCUUAACUGCCAGGUCGGCGUCAACAACCAGGUCAACCUGGAACUCUAUACGGCCUACAUGUACAGGUCCGUGGCCUCGUAUUUCGAUGGCAGCAACAUCGCCUUGAGCGAAAUCACCGAGGUCUUCCAGGGCCAGUCCACAGAGCAGAUGGCGCCCGCCGAGCGGCUGAUGUGGCAGCCCAACCAGCAAGGAGGCGUUGCCCACCUGCACGACCUCAACAACGCGGUCGGAAACAACUGGCACAGCAUGCCAACGGCCACGGAGUGUGCCCUGUGCCUGGCAAUGAGUGCCAACCAGAGCCUGCUUGACCUACAGCAGCCAGCCACGGCAAACAACGACGGCCACCUGUCCAGUGUCCUGCAGCAGAAUCCCCUGCGUGAGCAGCUGACCUCCAUACAGCAGCUGGGGCAAGAUAUUACCUUCUCGUCUAGGCCUGUACACCCCGAAGUCACACUGGCAGAAUACCUCCGUGACAGGCUCCGCCUGGAAGACAGAAAGAACUGA